UCACCGUGAUCCGCAUCGCAUUCCUCCCACAAUCAUUUGCGGCACCCCUUCCCUGCUUUGGCUUGGCACGGCACCGGCACUGCCACUCUCUCUCUCCCUUCCGUCAGUCUCUUUCUUUUCUCCCAUGAUCUAUUUAACGUGCGGCGAACCCGGCUUUCUGUUUCGCAGCUGCUUGCUUGCUUGCCUUGCCGGCAUAUAAUUAGCUUGCUUGCUCGCUUCCCUUCCCCUCCACGGCCUUCUCCAUCCAUCAUCACCUCCACGCGCUCUCCCCUCUUGUGCUUUACGCGUCUACAUAAGCUCGAUCCUUCCAUCCCCAAUUCUCAAGCAAGCAAACAUACUGUGAUAAGAUAAGUUUUUCUCGCAGAAUUGCUGCUCAAUUGGAAGAUUCAGACAAGUAUAGCACUCCAGCCGUGGCUACGAUGGGCAUGGAGCUCGGCCUGUCUGAAUUGCCUGAAUUGGCGCCGCUCAGCCCGAUCCGGACGCCGGCCGGAGACGGAGACGAAGAUGCCGCCGCUGCCGCCGCCGGGUGCUGCGUCACGCCGAAGGCGGCAGGAUCCGUGCUGUCCGUGGCCAUGGCGCCAUCAGAGGAGCUAGGCGCCGAAGACGCCGCCGGGCGCUGCGUCACGCCGACGGCCGCCGCGGGCUCCGUGCUGCCCGUGGCCAUGGCCAUGGCGCCAUCACAGGAGAUAGAAGGCGGCGGCGCGGCCGACGACGCCGACGUCGUGUGCUGCGUCACGCCGAUGGCGGCGACCGGCUCCGUGGCCAUGGCGGCAGCACAAGUGCCGCAGGAGGAGGACGGAGGCGUCUCCUACACGACGCCGACGGCAGCCGAGAGCGCGCUGCGGGAGGCCACGGCGUGCCCGCCGGCGCCGAGGAAGAAGAAGCCGUGGGCGGCGGAGGAGGAGUGGGCCAAGAGGAAGCUGCAGCGCCGGCUCUUCGUCCAGGUGCCGCACGACCUCACCACCGUCUUCCUCGCGCGCGGCGACCCCCCGCCGCCGCCUUCGCCUUCGCCGCCGGCCGCCAAGAAGCUCCGCCGCGGCGCGUGCCGUGCGGGCGCCGCCAUCGACCUGUGCCGCGCGCUCUCUUGAGUUUUGACGCGCCAUCGAUUUGGAAGAAAGGGAAUCGGCCGGCCAUGUGGCGACGCGAAGAUCGAGCUGAAGACGAAGGCCGGCCGGCCGGCCGGCCACCGCAUUACAGAGAGCAUCAUGCUUGUGUACGUAAUACUAGGGGAAGACUGAGCCAGCAGAAUAAUCGACCGAAUUUGUGCAUAAUAUUGCUGGCUCCGGUCCGAUCGAUCGCCCGUCUGUUAAUUCCGCCUCAAUCCAAUUCUUCCGCUUGUGUGCGCUGCUCCCUUGAAUUCUCCAUAAAAAUUCGGGCUUCAUCGAUCAUUCGAUCGAUUGUACUGUAAUUCCCAAUUGGAAUUUGGAAGCUGACUGAUUCAUCCGUGAA